UGGGAACAAAACGGCACCGUAUGGGUCCAUGUGAGGCUUCCGACUUUUUAAACCAGAAGAAGCAGCUCACGCCGUGCGUCGCAUCGCACUCUACGCUGAGCUAUACAGCUUACUCUUCGCCCACGGAUCCAAUUUUCACACCGCGACGCUAUCUGUUUGUAAAUCUUUCCUAUUACUCACUCGCCGUUCGAAAGCCACGCUUCGAGUACCAUCGUGCAGAGGAAAGUAAGGGUUUGGUUUGACUCAUCGAUAUGACCUUGGGUGUGUGGUUGUAAUGUUGGUGUGGUUGUAAUGUUGGUGUGGUUGUAAUGUUGGUGUGGUUAUAAUGUGGACAGGGAGGAGACUGCUGCCGUGUGGUGUUGGUGGUAGUGGUGGUGUUGUUUCACAGAUCAGUGGUGGUUGGUGUUAGUAAGGAUAAAUUUGAACAUGAGUUCAGACAGCAGGAGCCGAAGCCGGAGCAGGAGCAGGAGCCCUCUGGAUCGUAAGAUCCGUUCUGAUCGUUUUUCCUAUCGUGAUGCACCUUACAGAAGGGAUGUACGUCGGAGUUUCAGAGGAGACAAUCUAUGCAAGAAUUGCAAACGACCAGGACAUUUUGCUAGAGACUGCCCUAAUGUGGCAAUUUGCCAUAAUUGUGGUCUUCCUGGACACAUUGCUUCAGAAUGCACCACAAAGUCGCUGUGUUGGAACUGCCGAGAACCUGGUCACAUGGCCAGCAACUGCCCUAACGAGGGCAUCUGCCACACCUGUGGUAAGGCUGGACAUCGUGCCAGAGAGUGCACAGCUCCCCCACUGCCACCUGGGGACUUGAGGCUGUGCAACAACUGCUAUAAGCAGGGUCAUAUUGCGGCAGAUUGUACUAAUGAGAAGGCAUGUAACAACUGUAGGAAGACUGGUCACCUGGCUCGUGAUUGCCCGAAUGAUCCUAUCUGCAACAUGUGCAAUGUAUCUGGGCAUGUUGCUAGACAGUGUCCCAAAGGCAACAUUUUAGAACGGGGAGGCGGAGGAGGAGGUGGAGUUAGGGGUAGUGGUUACAGAGAUAUUGUAUGUAGGAAUUGCCAACAGCUGGGUCAUAUGAGCAGGGAUUGCAUGGGCCCCUUAAUGAUUUGUCACAACUGUGGUGGACGAGGACAUCUUGCAUACGAGUGCCCAUCUGGUAGGUUUAUGGAUCGCUAUCCCCGGAGGUACUGAUAAAAUGGCAAAUCAUGUAACUGCCUUAUUUUGUUGUUAUGGUCUUUGUUUGAGCAGCAGGCAUUGGCUUAUAUUUUUCUAGAUUGAUUGAAAAAGUUGAAACUCCACAAACUAUGAGAUGCCAGACUGGGUCCUUUUUUGGCAGACUAUCGUUUAUGUUUUUGAAUAUUUGUUUUCAAUUAGGGAUGUAAUAAUCCAGUAUUAUUGUGCUUGUUUUUGGAGUAGAAAUAAGAAUUUGCUAUUCUAGUAACA